GGUAACCCAACCCGGAAGCGAGGAGGACCUUCUUGAGCCGGAAGAAAGCACUCGCACUCACCGAUCCGCCACCACAUCCUCCUCCUCCUCGCCGCCGCCACGAUGCCGGAAGACGUGCAGAUGAACGACUCGGAGCCCCACCCGGCGGCCCCUCCUCCCGCCGCGGCCCCCGCUGCCGCAGCGCCGGCGCUCUCCACACUCCACCAUCUGAAGGAGAUCGCGUCCGUGAUCGAGGCCGGCUCCCUGUCCAAGGAGGUCCGCCGGAUCUCCCGCGCCGUCCGCCUCACCGUCGCGCUCCGCCGCCGCCUCGCCGCGCGGGACGUCUCCACCUUCCUCGCCUUCGCGCUCCCCGCGUCCUCUGAGGCCUACGCUCGCCUCACCGCCCUGGUGCCCAAGGAAGAUGAUACUGAGAUGGAUGUUGAUGCUGCGGCUCCAACAGCUCAGAUUUCAAUCAAGCAUGGUCUCCCUGAAAUUGAAAUUUUUUGCUACUUGCUUGUCCUGAUUUUCCUUAUUGAUCAAAAGAAAUAUGAUGAGGCUAAAGCAUGCGCAACUGCGAGCAUUGCUCGUCUGAAGAACUUGAACCGGAGAACUGUUGAUGUUUUGGCUUCUCGUCUGUACUUUUAUUACUCCUAUGUGUAUGAGCUUACCAACAGCCUUGCUGAAAUCCGUGGGAAUCUGCUCGCAUUGCACAGGAUGGCAACUUUGCACCGUGAUGAGCUUGGCCAGGAAACUCUGCUCAAUCUCCUCCUCCGCAAUUACCUCCACUACAACUUGUAUGACCAGGCAGAAAAGCUUAGAUCAAAGGCGCCUCGUUUUGAAGCGCAUUCCAACCAACAAUUCUGCCGAUACCUGUUCUACUUGGGUAAAAUUAGGACAAUUCAGUUGGAGUACACUGAUGCUAAAGAAAGCCUCCUGCAAGCUGCUCGGAAGGCACCCACAACAGCUCGUGGUUUUCGUAUUCAGUGCAACAAAUGGGCUAUCAUCGUGAGGCUACUUCUUGGAGAGAUUCCGGAGAGAACUGUUUUCAUGCAGAAAGGAAUGAAGAAAGCUUUGACGCCUUAUUUUGAGCUCACAAAUGCUGUCAGGGUGGGGGACCUGGAACUGUUCAGGGCUGUUGCAGACAAAUUUGCAAGCACAUUCAGUGCAGACAGGACUCGCAACCUGAUCGUGAGGCUGCGCCACAAUGUCAUUCGAACUGGACUGCGCAAUAUCAGCAUUUCAUACUCAAGGAUCUCCCUUGCUGACAUUGCCAAGAAGCUCAGACUAGACUCCGAGAAUCCUGUUGCCGAUGCCGAGAGCAUUGUAGCCAAGGCCAUAAGAGAUGGUGCAAUUGACGCCACCAUAGAUCAUGCGAAUGGCUGGAUGGUGUCGAAGGAAACUGGCGAUGUCUACUCGACGAAUGAGCCGCAGAUCGCAUUCAACUCCAGGAUUGCUUUCUGCCUGAACAUGCACAAUGAGGCGGUCAAGGCGAUGAGGUUCCCCCCUAAUUCUCACAAGGAAAAGGAGAGCGCGGAGAAGCGCCGCGAGAGGCUUCAGCAGGAGGAAGAAUUGGCAAAACACAUGGCCGAAGAGGACGAUGAUGAUUUCUAAAUUAGCUGCCUUUGAGCAGACACUUGCAAUGUGUAGUUGCUCGAUUUGGGAUGGCCAAGGUUGAAAGCAUUUCCUCCGGCUCGAGUCAUGCAGACAUUAAAGUUUGAAUUCAUCUGCUGUAACUUUUAUGUUGAUCAGAUUUUGUAUUAAUUCCAUGAGUGCCUGGUACACCACUUACGUUUCGCCCUUCCUGAACUGUUGGAAUGGAGAAUUUGCCUACAAUGCAAGGAUGUUUAUUCUUGUUCUUUUUUCAGCUUCA